CAAAAUCAGUCCGAUAUGCAAUUACUGGCCGAAAUCCGAUAUUUCCUCCGGUAUGGCCGAAAUGACCCGAUUUCCAAACAGCACCGCCCCACAGCUCCAGUAAUCAUUGAAAGCGAGAGUACAAAGCAAGCAAUCAAAGAAAUGGAAGUGGGUAGAAGAAGAAGUGUGGUGCCCGGGUCUGUGUGGGAAAGCAGAAUGAAGGUAGAUGAAGUGAAAGGUGGGAUUAAGGUGUUCAAUGGAGAAGAAAGCGCUCCUGAUGAAGAAAGUGGGGCCUCUACUCCUACUGCUAGUAAUGGGACAAUUACAAAGCCAAAAAGAAGUCCAAAUGGUGGUGUUGUAGCAAGUAGUGGAAAGAGGAAGACUUGGAAAUCAGAGAGCAGCUUUGAGGGGUUUGAUAAAAGCCCAAUUCAGGUUAGUAAAAGAAAAUCUGAGGAACUCAGUGUUUCUGCUGAGGGAAUGAAGAAGAGCCCAGUUCAGAGUGUUAGGAAAUUGAGAUCUGAGUCAAGCAAGGAGCUUGGUGAGAAGAGCCCAAUUCCGACGAGGAAGCCAAGAUCUGAGCAUUCACUAGUCAAGGGGGUUAAAGCUGGUGAAUCUGGUGAGGGAACUGAGAAAAAGUCUGGGCCUUUGAGGAAGGUGAAAUCAGAAUUGGUUAGUGGUAAUGGAAUUGAGACUAGUUCAAGCUCAAGUGAGUUGAGGAAGGUAAAGUCGGAGGUGAGUGAAGUUGUGGAGGAGUCAGGGAAGGGAAUUGAUGAAGGGUCUGUUGCAGAAACUGAGAAAAGCCCAGUUGAUGAAACUCUAGAGGCUGAGGCUGAGGCUAAAGCUGAAGCUGGAUCUGAUGAAACUUGCAAGGAGUUUGGUGUUUGUGAAGAAAAGGUUAUAACAGAUAGGAGUGUGGUGAAUUAUGCUCCAAUUCCAAAAGUGGAGGUGGUGAACAAUGAAGAGAAGGAGGUUGAUGGUCUUGAUGUUGUUGAUGGAGAAGAUGAAUAUGAUGAUGUUGAUGAUGCUGAUGAAGAAGAAUUGGUUGAGGAAAUUGAAAUUGAUGUUAAGAAAAUUAAUGUUCCAGAAGAACCUAAGAAGAUUGUCAGUGUCAAUGAAGAGAAAAAGCUUCAUCAAGUUAAUAGACAACCUAUAAUCAGUGUGAAACAGCCUCUUCCAGAACCCAAGAAGAUUGUCAAUGUCAAUGAAGAGAAAAAGCUUCAUCAAGUUAAUAGACAACCUACGGUCAGUGUGAAACAGACUCCUCCACUUGAGAAACAUUGUACUACGUACCAAAGUCUAUCAAAACCUAUUUCAAGGAACCAGAAUUACUCAAAACCUACUCCAAGAUACCAGAAUCUCUCAAAACCAACUCCAAGAAACCAAAAUGUCUCAAAACCCACCUCAAGUUCAUAUGAAUCCCAUAGCAAAUUACAAAGUUUUGUGGAUUUGGUAAUGUGGAAAGAAGUCCCAAGAUCAGCACUUGUAGUGCUAAUUGGAUCAUUUAUGAUACUCUCAUCUUCCUAUACAAAAGAUGUUAAUCUCAGCUUUGUAUCAGUGAUUUCCUAUCUGGGUCUUGUUUAUCUUGCUGCCAUUUUCAUCUAUAGAUCCCUCAUCUUCAGGGGAGCUAUGGAUAUAAAUGAUUCAAACUAUGUGCUAGGGGAAGAAGAAGCAAUGUGGUUACUAAGAUUGUUUCUUCCGUACGUCAAUGAGUUGCUGUUAAAACUCAGAGCCCUUUUUUCUGGAGAUCCUUCUACUACAAUGAAGCUGGCAGUACUGCUCUUUGUUUUGGCAAGGUGUGGCAGCUGCAUAACCAUUUGGACUGUGGUUAAAUUGGGUUUUUUGGGAGUUUUCACAGUACCAAAACUCUGCUCAUUGUACUCUGCACAGUUAACUGCAAUUGCAAGAUUUUGGCUAGGGCGUUUCCAUGACAUCUGGGACUCCUGCUCUCACAAGAAAGCUGUGGCCGCUGCCACUGUUUUUCUCAUUUUGAACCUCUCAUCAGCUGUUGCACGCAUUUGGGAAGUGUUCAUGUUGUAUGUGGCUUUCCGUUGCUAUCAGCAAUCUUCAAUUACAGAUGAAUGGGUGGAAGAUGAAGCAGGAAGUGAAGAAAAAUGACAAGGACCAUGAUCAAUUGGAUAGAGAAGUACAUAAGGGUCACAUUUUGGCCAAAUAAUUAACCGGUUUACAGAAAAAGAGAAGAAAAAAAAUGAUAAAAAAAAAAGGGAAACAUAUAUUGUUGUUAUAUUUUUACUAUUCCUCUACUUGUGAUUGAGUUUCUAGGAAAUUUUAUCCAAGUUACAAUGUAAAAAUUAGCAAAUAAAAGAAGUGGUUUUCAGAAACA